AUGCCACGUAAGCUACGUAAGAAUAUACGUAAGAGGAAGAGAGCAUUGAAACAUCCAAUAGUAAAACUGACACCACAACAACAGUUGCAACAACAAAUGAUGAAUGACCCCACUAUGUUGCAACAAAUGUCAAGCAAUCCUAUGCUUUUAAACCGAGUUUUUGGUGCACAGAGUGGAGGUUUAAGAGCGGCACUUUUAGCGAAAAUGGCAGGCUAUGGUGGAGCUGCAGACGGAACAGCCUAUAACCCUCAAAGUCAAAUGAAUUUGAGUUCACUCAAAAAUCAAAUAUCAGAUGUCAAAAAGUCAAACAUAGACAUACAGAAACAAAUAAGUGAAAACGAAAAGAAACUAGAAUAUGACAGACACACAAAGAAACUCAAUGAGUUAAACGUAGAGAAAAAGAAGAAAGAAGAACAACUGAAAGAACUAAGUACAGAGGAAUAUGCGAAAAAAGUGUCAGAAAAAGCAGCAGAAGUAGCAAAAAUGGAACAAGAUGUUGUAAAUUUGAAAAACCAUACUACUCAAUAUAA